AUGAUGGAAUUGCUUCGUCAGCAGAGAGAGAUGAUGGCAAUGAACCAGCAGCUCGUUGCGACGAUGCUCCGGAGAAUGGAUCUGGAGGAAGAGAGAAGGAACAAAGCGGAAGAGAAAGUUCACGAGGCAGCUGAAGCGGCCAAGCAGGCAGCAGAGGCAGCUAAGACUCGGGACCCCUUCCAGCCGAGCACUGCUCCCGCGAGCAGUUCUGCCGCGAGUUCGGCAGUUUCUCCGGCAGUUCCGUCUCCCUCUGGGUACUCUGGUGCUGGAGGCCGUGCAGAGAAGUAUCUGCCGAACCUUCCGGUGAUAGACCAUCAAGGCAUGGGGAAAGGGCGCAUGAAGGAGGUAGAGACUUGGCACUCCUUUAUGGAGACGCUGAGUUCCUGGCUUGCCCUGCAGGAAGAAGCGUUUGUUCGGGAACUGCAGCUCUGUAUCCCUGUGAAGAAGGAGAUUGUGCAAGCUGACUUGAAUCCCGAGACUGCCGCGCGUAGCUCCAAGCUGUUCUACUACUUGACGCAGUCCCUCGCCAAGUGGGAGCGGGGAAGCGAGCUCUUGAGGUCCUGCUCGAAGAGGCAGGGGCAGAGCGCCUGCGGCUACGAGGUGAUUAGAACGAUUACCUCUCAGUACUCCAUCGUGUCGCGGAUGGAAGCUGUCUUCGUGAGAGAACAGGCUUUGAAGUUGUACCAGCACGUUGGGCAUUUGAAGAGGCCCACCGACUUGAUUCGACAUCUUGAGGAUUCGUUUUCGAAGUCUGAAGCGAAGCUGAGCAACUUUCCGGAGCUUCAGCUGUCUGAGGCUGACCGCUGCUCUGUCCUGUUACAGAGCUUGGGUGCAGAAGUGCGUCAGUACGUGGUACUGCACGGGUCCAGCUCGAACUGGGAAGCUCUUCGAAGGACGCUGACUUACUACGAGGAGCAGCUGCGACUGUGUGAGGCCCCUGGGUCUUCGGGCCGAGCCUUGCAGGAGAAGCUUUGCGACUACUGCGGGAAGAAGGGACACACAGCCGACAAGUGUUGGCAGCGCCAAAAGGAAGAACGCGGUGGUGCUCCGAAGGGCAAAGGGAAAGGAGACAAAGGAAAGCCGAAAGGCAAAGGCGACCAGACUCCCAAGGGAUCUGGCACGCCCCGUGGUUCCGAGAAGGGCAAGGGCGACAAAGGAAAAGGCGACAAAGGAAAGGACAAAGGCAAGAAGCAGAAGAAAAAGAAGAAGGGACAGCCUGGAAAGGGACGCUCCUUGACAGAGCCGGAGUCCGAGGCCGAGUCGGGAGGAAGAUUUCGUGUUGUCAAGAAGUACGACCGAACGGCCAAUCUGUUCAACGCCUCGGGUGGUGCGAUCGUCGUUUCGGGGGUUGUCGACCUUGAGGUUCAUUUUGGGGAUGUUUUCCUGAGGUUGGAAGAGGUCUUGGUGGCGGAUGUUGGGUUCAACGUUGUUUCGCCUUGGACCGGGUCGGAACGGGGCUGGAAAACCUAUCUAGCCAAAUCGGGAUCACGAUUGUACAAAGGAAACGGAAAGAAGAGCAUCAAGCUGAUGGGCGCUUCGCGCGCCUGGUGGGCUCUGAGCGGGAGGUCCAAGGGCCGGGGGAAAGAGAAUUCUUCCAGACGCCCCCCGAAAGGGAUCGAGGACAUGGAGAUAGAUGCCUUGAAGGACCGCGACCUGCUAGGAUCGAGCAAGGAGUCCACCGCAGGACCCCAGAAGCCUGGAGAAGGAAUCCUGAAGAAAGGAAGAAAGACUUCGGAAGAAGACGAGUCUGGCCGCCACGCUUUGGCUGCCACUCCUUUUGGGUGUGCGGAAAGCAGGUCUGCGUCAGACGCAAACCUGCUCACACCCAUCAUUAUUGUUGGGCCUGCAUUCAACAUUGGUCUGGGUUGCAAUGGCUACGUGCCCACGACGAAGUUCCAGAUUCGAGCUAUGCUGAGAGCGAUGCCGAUGGUAGCAUUGCAGCUGGUUGGGUCUUGCUUGAUGGAAAGUGAAGAAGACAGUCUCCCUUUGGAGAUCAUAAUGGACGGUGCCAGCGGGGACGAGUUUACCCCGAGUGUUGCUUUGAGCAGUCCGGGCUCCCCAGGGGACCCGCCUACACCGCCAGCUUUGGAGAGCCCCUCUUUCGAACUACCGGGGGUCGAGCCGCCGGGUGGGGGACCAUCGUCGCCGGUGGCUGUCUACCCGUCGCCAGUGGUGACGGAAGCAGCGGAGAGCCCGUUGCUGGCGGAUUCUGCAGAUGGCCCUUCGCAGGCAGAUGCGGCUGGAAGCCCUGUGGAGGAGAAUACUGCGAGGAGUCCGCCGAAGGCGGAUAUUGCAGAGAGCCCUUUGUUCUCAGAGAGCGAAGGGGAGGAGAGUUGGGGCCACAAGUGGCCGAAUCCCUCGAAGCGCCUGCGCGCUGGGGUUCCUUCAGAGGUCGAGGGGCCUACGCCACCGCGGGUUGGAAUCCCGGCGAACAUCUCGCCGGGCUCGCUGAGCCCUCCGUUUGGUGCGCUUCAGAUGGAUGUGGGAACCCAACUCCUCCUGAGAGUGUUGAGGCUGGAGGCUGGCCGCAGAUGGGAGCAUGCGGAAACACUAGGCCUUGCAAAGGUCUCGGUCGACUCUACCGAGCCUAUUCCGUUGCUCUCGCACUUGGCGGGGAUUCCAGCGAACAUGAACGAUGCCUACGAUGCCCCAUCCCUGGCGUUCUGUGCUCCAGGCCACGCCUUGAGAGCACUUUGCUCUCCGACGGCGACGAUGCUCGGUCCGAUAGGCCUGCCCGACCUAGAGCAUCCAGCUGCUUGGCUACCAGCCACUCCAGUGAUUCCGGUGACAGCGGCCUAUCCAGAGGAACCAUUGAGGGUUUCGAGGCCGAAGAUGGUGGAAUCGGAAGCACAAUGUAUCAUUGGGCAGCAGGAAUGGGAGGUUUGGUUGGGACGUUGCCUAGAGGGCAAGAGCCUAGCAGAGUACGGGCUUCAUAUGGAAGACGUGGGGUUCGCCGUCAGGGUUACCGAACUUCUGGAGGCUCCACGGGCCGCUCGGGCGGCGUGGAAACGAAGGUUCCAGGAACCCAACCCUGUAUCUAUGUUACACUAUCUCUUCCAUUGUCGAGCUGUAUUGCAAACCUAUUUGGCUACGCCUGCUGGAUACAGGGGACUGGUGGGAGCGCGUUCGAGUCUGCUCGUAAAGGUGCCCCAGUCGGUCACCUCCCUCGAGCUCAAAACGGCUUGGGCAUACCUAGACUCGGGCAUAUAUCUCCGUGUUGCCCGAUAUUACAGGCGAAAACGGGAGGAGGAGCGCCUCCACGAGGCCCGGGAAUCCAUGCGAGCGGCAAGGGCCAAAUCGGCAGCGAUCCCUCAGGGCUCAAUGAUGGAGGGCGGUGUUGUGGACACCUCCUCUUCGAGCUCCGACGAGGAGUCCUUGCUCCUUGGAGAAGGAGAAGUUACGGCGCUGAACAGGGCCCAGGGCCAAGAAGAUUUAUCAGACAUCGCAAUAUGGCGCACGUUGGAAGAACUUACAGGCCAGAGGCUGUCCCAAUUGGAUGGCUUUGUUGGGGCCGACGAGGGAAAUCAGCCCGCAGAGGCGGGACAGCCGGCACCGCCGAGCCCGGCUCCGUCCUCGGUGCCACCAGGAGAACUGGUUGCUACUGCCUUCAACCUCCCGAGGGUUUCGGCACCCAUGCUUCCGGAGGGGAUGCAGAGGGAGGACUAUCAAAGGCACGGUGUGAACAUCCCUCCGUCUGUUCCACCAAGAUCUCGUCUACCAACGCCUCCGAGAGCUAUGAGUUCUUCUGCCACAGGACAGACUGCCCAGGCGAGGCAGGCCCUAGAAGAGGGCCAGAGGCUCUUGGAGAAUGGUUUCACGCCAGGACUGGAUCUUGGUAUCAUCGUGAGGAAGCUGCAGAGAGAGAACCAGACCAUAGGUCUUGAUUUCUUCUAUUUCGGAAAACUGAGGGUACUCUUGAUGAUGCACCUCGGUUCUAAGUAUACUGUCUCUCUUCCUGCGAUGCACCUCGAUGACCCUGACCUGCUCCACAACAUCAACCGUGUGAUUCGCGAAAUGGGAUUAGUCGGUAAAGCGGUUACAUCUCGGAUGGACCAAGAAGCGGCUCUUGGGGCCCUUGCCGAGAAACUCACCCAGUGCGAUAGCAGCCCUGCCAGUGCAACAUUGAUUGACGUGGUUCCGGGGUAUCGGCCCCAGUCGAAAGGAUCGAUUGAGAGGCAGGUUGAAACUAUGAAGCAGGGUUUCUGGUCUGUUUGGAUGGACCUGGAGAAAGAGGUUGCUAAGGUGAAGCAGGAAACGGAAGCCGUUGAGCUUGGGAAGUAUCAGUUACCUUUGGGGGGUUUGCUUUGGCAAGCCUGUGUUUUCUAUGUUGCUAGGUGCUAUAACCUCUGGUGUACUAGCGUCGGGGAUUCGAGCACUAGCAUAGAUCGACUGCAUGAGGAGAUUGUGAACCGAACUCGGACGAGACCGUUCGGGUGUCUGGUUCAAGCUCAGGUCAGUAAGUCCAAGGCGCACCAUGAUAAGUUCAGGGGCGCCCGGACCGUGAAAGCGGUUUAUCUGGGACCGGUGCACGCCAAAGGUGGCGGCAUCUUUGCCGUCCCUGUCGGAAGCAGGGAAAUAGAUAUAUUCCCCGUCGCCAGAAUGAUUCAGGGAGGUGACAUCUACGAUGCCAAGACCCUGGAAGAGCUAUCUUUAGCUAAGCCUCUUCUGCAGGACACUGAGGACCCCGAGAGGCCCAUACUGUUUGAUCCGCUAGAGGCUCCUGGUGAUGAUGCUCCUGAUGAGGGGGCUGGUGUGGGAAUGGAUGAAGAUGGUGAUGAAGAGAUGAUUGAAGAUGAGCUUGCUGACUAUUCUCCGUCGGAAGCGCCUGAGAACCAGGAGGUGGUGAACGAUGAGGGGGAUAUGGAAAUAGACUGGCUCACGAAUCACUAUCUUGAGUCCCUGUUUCGAGGGCCUGACCUGCGAGCCACCUCCACUGCAGUUGCAAAGUCGUUUGAUUUGAAGUUUGGGGGUACGAAGAUAAGGUGUGCUGUUCCCCAGAACGCUGUGUCUGAGACUUCGGGAGAGAAGCUAGAACCCGAUCUCCUUUACGCAUCAAUGAAGCUUGAGUUGGAAGAGUUGGAAUCCUUCAAGGUUGGGGAAGUGAUCCCUGAGCGCGAAGCUCGCCGUCUUGCUAAGGAAAACGGCAGGCGAGUUUUGACUAGCAGGUGGGUCAACACGGUCAAGAAGAAGGGACUGUAUAGAUCUAGGCUAGUCGUGCGGGAUUAUGCCUCUAUGGGAGGCACCACCUUGAGUGAGGGAAUCUACUCUCCUACUACUUCAUUGGAGGGUCUGAGAUUGCUUCUGUCAAUGCUCUGCCGACGUGGCAGUGUGUUGUCCUGCGAUGUCUCGGUAGCGUUCAUGCAUGCUCCCGUAGCGAGGGCAGAAUUCGUAGAGUUGCCGAAUAAUGUGAGCACCCAGGGGACUGGGGAACGAGUUUUCGUCAAAUUGCGUAAAGCGAUGAACGGAUUGCGCUCUGCUCCAUUAUCUUGGUAUUGCGAGUUGGCUGAAUACUUGCGCUCUCAGAACUUCGAAGCAAGUUUGGACCCCACUAUAUUCCGUCGUCUUACGAGGAAGGGUUUGACGAUUGUGUUGUUUUAUGUGGAUGACUUGCUGAUCUAUAGUGAAGAUGAAGCUGAGGGGCGCCGGUUCUAUGAGGAGUUGCGUAAAAGAUACAAACUGAAACUUACGGGCGAGUUGAUUCAAGAUUGCCCCGGGGAAGUCUCGUUUCUCGGUCGGCGGAUCUUUCGCCGUAAGAAAGGGGAACGUACGGUGUAUUUCGGGCUAGACGAACAGUACCUGAGUUCCUGUUGCGAGGAGUACGGAAUCACCAAACCUGCACCAAAGCUCCCUUCCCUUGAACGCCGCUAUGCUGAGUUGCUGAAGAAAGGCCAGACUGAGCUGAUCAGUCCAGCUGCUCACGAGAGGUACAGAAGGACUCUGGGCCGUUUGGCCUGGGCGGCUCUGUCACGACCAGACCUGCAGUUUGUGUGUGGGUUUCUGGGCCGCCACCAAGCAGCUCCUGACGAGGCUGCCGAGACCUGUAUGAGGGAUGUCCUUCGUUGGGUCAAGGGUCUUCCGCACAAGGUCCAGAGGUUUCCGAGUAAAAGGGAGAUCUUGGAAGACGAUGCGGACCCUGCCUCUGUAUCUUGUUUUACGGACGCAAGCUGGAGUCUGAAUUCGGUAAGCGGCGGGAUCAUCACGUGGGAGAACUGUUCCCUGAAAAGCUUCAGCAGGAAACAAACGACUACCGCACUCUCCAGUGCGGAAGCAGAACUCGCUGCACUCACAGAGGUUGCUCGUGAAGGGUUGUACAUUGCUUUGCUUGUGGAGACCAUCCGCGAGGGUAUGCCGAAAGACAGGGAAACCGGUUAUUAUGUUCUUAAGGGAUAUUCUGAUUCCGAAUCGGCGGUUUGUAUAUCGAAGAUGCAGACCCUCCUGAGGAAAGUGAGGCACAUCGAACUGCGUGCCGCAUUCCUUCAGGAGCUGGUGGCCAGGGGUCGUUUUACCAUAGAACACAUACCGGGAGUGAUAAACCCUGCGGACGCCCUCACGAAGAGCCCCACCAACGAAAGUUUGUCUAGCUUGUACGAUGCCUCUGGCCUUGUAGAUGAACCGAAGGCCUGGGAGAGUGAGCCUACUGAGGUGCACGUGUCUUUUGAAGAGCCCAAUGAAAACGAACGUUUUACUCCGUCUGUUCCGCCUUCCUGGAAAGCCGCUGCUUUGCACCUGAGGUUUAAGAAGGGAGGAAAGGCCCUGGAGAAGUGGAGAGCGGCUCUGGCCGUUCACAAGAGGUCCUGGAAAAGGAUCGAGAAGCUGUUGGAGCCUUACGUGGGCUCCCCGAACCUUCUGCUUUCUCACGAGUGGCCUGAGAGGGUUGCCUUGUGGAUCGUUGUUGCUUUGAAAAGGGUGACCAACGACCUGGGUGCCGACGUGGCCAGCCUUGAGGCCUGCAUUCUAGUGCUCUCGAACAGACGGCAGCAGACGCACAAGGACUGGUGCAAGUCAGUGCGGCCGCCCAGGCAGAGUAAGGAGCGAAAGCCCGGCAAGGCGGCACUCGCUUUGCACACAGUGUGGGAGAAGUUGACUCCCGAAGCCCGACUGGCGAUCGAAGAAGCCGGGUGGAGGCCUCCAUCCGCGGCAGCGGUUGUUCCGCCUCCGGGUCUCGGCGAUUUUGAUGUUGACAUGGAUGCAUCUGAGGCCUGCGAGGCUAAGCAGAAGCUGUGGUCUGAAGCCACGGAGCAGCAGAAAGAGCUCAUGCUCAAGGCAGGCCUCAAGCCGCCGGAGCAAACUCCGGCUCCCACCUCUUAUGAAGUAGGAACCGCAGCAAAUGCAGCUUUUCGUAAGGCCACGGUUGCACUGAAAUUGCUUGGAGACAAGAAGAUUAGCUUGCAGAAGCGUAUCGACCAAGCUAAGGAGCAAUACAACGCAAGACUGACCGAGAUGAAACAGUUGCAGACCAAAAUUGAAGAGGCGCAGCAACAGGUUGCAGAUGCGGGCGAGGAGCUUACCACCAAAGUCCUGGCCCAAGAUGAAUCUUUGAACGGCGAAAUUGCGCAGUUUCUUGAGAAGUUUGGGAUUUCCUUGACUGAAGAGCAGGAAGCAAAGAUUGCCGCAGUGCGUGCCGGCACACAUGGACCCCCUGACAGCCAGGCUUUUGACCUUAAGGCCGCAGCACCCAACACGCAAGAGGUGCCCAAGAAAUCUGAGCCAGCGCAGAACGGCGUUGCUGUGCGCCCUGCAGGCUGCACUCAGGCUGACCAGGUGCUUGUGCAUUCAACUUGGUCGGGCAGUGCUCUCGCUCAGUCUGGUGAUCCAGGGGUUUCGGCCCUUUGGGCCAGCUUGCUGCAAGGGCUGGAGCAUAUGUGUCAUGUGCAAGUGCUUCAAGCUGUGGAGGCCCUAGAGGCGGGCCAAUAUAUUCUUGAAGAUACCUUUCCCUGGUUUGCUGCUGAGCUUGCUGUUGAAGCCGGUGAUGAUGUUCCUUGGCACGUUGCAGCCUCGGCUAUCAGGGAUGUCAUCGCAAAUCUUAACUCCAAUGCCGACGGAAAUAAAUUGCUGUUAGUCAGCUCCAAUGUCACCAAGUGGCGCAAGUCCUUAGCAACCUUUCUUGCGGGGAUCAGGCCAGACCUCUGGCUGGUACAGGAAACACACAUUAAGGAGGAGCAAGGGGAUUUGCUGGCCAAUCAUGUUGGGGCCUUUGGCUAUCAGGCCUUCAGCUUGCCAGGUCACCCCACUGGGGGAGGUGGUAACUCAGGAGGCCUUGCGAUUGUGUUUAAGAAGCACCUUGAUGUCCGCAAAAGCCACCACUUCCUUCACCAAGGUGUUGGUUUUCAGUCUGUUGUUCUGCGCAUCCGGGGUGUUGAUAUCUUCCUCGUCAAUGUUUACUUGAAGACAGGGGAGGGUUUCCGGGGCCCGACUAAUGCCAUAAUUCUUUCCAAUUUGAUUCCCUUCCUUAGGUCGCUGCAAGGUGAAUUCCUUGUUGCAGGCGACUUCAACGAAGACAUCAGUGUUCUGGUGACCACCAGUUUGGCGCAGGAAGCUCGGGGCCAAUGGGUCCAUACGGGGGCUUCCACGUGCACAGGGGGUGGUAACAUUGAUUUUGGUUUAGUUUCCAAAGGGCUGGCCUUGGGAGUUUCGGUCCGGGCUGACUGGAUCACUCCGUUUGCUCCACAUGCUGCCUUACAUUGGUGCAUUGACAGGAGGCAGUGCGAGUUGAGGUUUCCCCAGCUUGUGGGUUUCAAGCCGAUGCCCAUUAUGCCGCAACCCUUUGAGCCUCCUUUGGCAGGUUGCUCUGGCCCUCAGCCUGAUCUGGAGUCUGCCUGUGCCGGGCACUGGGGUGGCUCCAUACCUGAGCCGGCCCUCACACAUACCUUUGAGCAGCUCAGUAGCUCUGUUGAGUUAUCGGUCUAUGGCUGCACUCAAGGUCGAGGCUGCCUGCCCAAAUUUCGCCGUGACAAACUCCUGCGCCAUACCUCACCUGUGGGUGCUUGGGGGGGGGCUCAGGCCUCUUUCUGGAAGCGGGUCCUUGUUUGGCUGGAACUUUCGGUGAAGCGGAGUUGUCCUGCACCCUUUGGCCACACAUUUUGGUCGCAGCUUGAAUUGAUGUGGCACGGAUCCACAGCCGAGCUCAGUGUUUUCCAAGUCCAGCUCGAUGCUGUUCUUAAAGGUGUUACGCCUUCGGCUUUUCCAGAGUUGAUUCAGGUAUCGGAGCAACAAUUUCGUCACCAUUCCAAAUUGUGGAUGCAGAAGCAGAGCGCAAGCUACGGUAAGUGGCUAAAGCAGGCUUCGUGUAAAGGCUUGCGUGGCCUUUUUACCAGUGUUAAAGCGGAUGAAGCUGUCCAGCUGCGCCCUUUCUUGCACCAGCCUGUGCAGGAGCGCAUCUACCUUAGGUGGAGGCAGUGGUUUGAGCUUUGGUCCGCGCCGGGUGGGGUCGACCCGGCGCUCCUCAGUGAUCUCAGGCAACGUGCCCGAAUGCAGGCCAAGGAGCUUGGGCCGAUUCCCCUAGAUCAGGCGGUUGCGGCGUUCAAGCGAGUGCCCAGCAAAGCACCAGGUCUAGACGGGUGGACAUUUGAGAUGUUAAAAAAUUUGCAGCGACCGGCUGUUGCAUCCAUCAUUUCAUUUCUUCACCACUGUGAAACUGAGGCCACUUGGCCUGCCCAGAUGGUGUUUGCACUUAUAGCCCUCCUCCCAAAAAGCGAGAAGCGGGAGAGACCAAUAGCACUUUUGCACGUGCUUUACCGCACUUGGGUGCGCAUGAGGUGGAAAUUGGUCUCCGAUUGGCAAUUCCAGUACUGUAAAGCCGCGGUCUGGGAUAAGGCAAUGCCUGGGAGUCAAGUGCUGGACGUCGCUUUGGGACGCUUACUUAGAGGCGAGGCGGCUAGACAGUCCGGUCAGCACUUAGUCACAAUUUUCAUUGAUAUGGAGACUUUCUAUGAUAGAUGCCGUUUUAACGAUGUCAUUUCUUCUGGCCUUUCUUUGGGGUACCCUCCCCUGGUAUUGCACCAGGCCCUUCUUACGUACAUGGGCCCGCGUUUUCUUCAAUCUGAAGGGUCUUUGUGCCCGGCCAUUACUCCCGCGAAGGGGGUCCUGGCUGGGUGCCCGGCCGCCCCUUCUAUCAGCAAACUUGUUGUGCACCCCAUUGCAGUUGCGGCCACUUCCAAGCGUGCGACAUCCAAUUUGGACGUAUGGAUAGAUGAUCUGUCCCUUGACUGUGUCGGUGCCUCGGCCAAGCAGAUUGCCUCAGACGCUGUGCUGCUGUUUCGCAGCCUGCGUACCAGCAUCGAGGCAACUGGUGCCAAGUUGCUGUCAGAGUUGACACAGACCCUGAAGUCCGCACCUUUGCCAGGGACUUAG